AUGGAUGAUUUUCUAAAAAUUGAGAAGAUCGGUGAAGGUACUUAUGGUGUGGUGUACAAAGGGAAAAAUAAAAUAACUGGGCAGUUUGUGGCCAUGAAGAAAAUCCGCUUGGAGUCUGAAGACGAAGGCAUUCCUUCGACAGCCAUCAGGGAGAUUUCGCUUCUUAAAGAGCUGAACCACCCAAACAUAGUGAAGUUAGAAGAUGUACUGAUGGAAGAAAGCCGCCUGUACCUCAUCUUCGAGUUCCUCUCCAUGGACUUGAAGAAAUACAUGGAUUCUCUUGGAUCGGGGAAAUUCAUGGACCCGACAGUAGUGAAGAGCUACUUGUACCAGAUUAACAACGCCAUCCUCUACUGCCACCAGAGGAGGAUCCUUCACCGAGAUCUCAAACCACAGAACUUACUUAUUGACAAGACUGGAAUCAUUAAGGUGGCUGACUUUGGUCUGGGGCGAGCCUUUGGAGUGCCAGUGCGUGUGUACACCCAUGAGGUGGUCACUCUCUGGUACAGAGCUCCUGAAGUCCUACUUGGCAGUCAGAGAUAUUCCUGCCCCAUAGACAUGUGGUCAGUGGGCUGCAUAUUCUCAGAGAUGUCCUCAAAGAAACCUCUCUUCCAAGGAGACUCGGAGAUUGAUCAACUUUUCCGCAUAUUCAGAAUGCUACGUACUCCCACUGAGGAUAUCUGGCCGGGCGUGUCUUCACUGCCAGACUACAAGCCCACAUUCCCCAACUGGACUUCAUUCAACCUGCAUAAUCAUGUACAAAACCUAGACGAAGUGGGCAUGGACCUGCUGCAAAAGAUGUUAGUCUAUGACCCAGUGAAGCGUAUCUCAGCGAAGGAUGCGCGCAGGCACCGAUACUUCCGCGACGUGAACCUCCCGCCCGGACUCAAGCACCACUCCGCAUACAUCCGCUACCAGCCAGAUUCACAGGAAGACGACUGCACCGUCCAAAGCGUAUAG